AGCAUCUGUAAAAAGUAGGCCACUGGUAUCAUUCUUAGCAGGGUCUUUUGUCCAUUUGGCUGCCCCUGCACAAAAGCCCUGAAUUGAGCACCGCCGUCUGCUGCGCUCUAACAAUUGGCCUUCAGGUCUAACAGCAUUUGGUGGGAUAUCAUUCUCAGAGGUCGGGCAAAGACGGUCGAAAUGAAACGCAAGACAGAGGCAGCCAAUGGUCGCUCCGCCGUCAAGAGCAACGGGAACGCACCAGACGUCCUCGAAACCACAAUGAAGGGCUACAACAGUGGAUUCCAAUUGUUCCACAUGACCAUCGUUCCCGUGUUUCUGAUAGCAUUCACACCCAACAUGGUGAUUCUUCUCUGGUACACUGCAGUGCACACCGAUGGAAGUUUCAUGGAGUUGGGCAGGUACUUCCAGAGGGAAGGCGUCAUCCCUGGGAUGGUCAAGAUUUGGAGUGGAAUUCAGAUCGUUUCCAUGUUUUCUCUUUCCGUUGUCAUAGGAUACAGCACGUUUGCGUUGCUUCUCAUGAAAUUUGUACCCGGGCGAACCUUCAAGGGACCCGUUACCCCUAAAGGUAACACCCCUGUCUAUAAAGACAACGGCUUCGCUUGCUAUAUCAUCUCUAUGACGGCCUUUUCGCUCUUAACAGUCGCUCUGAAACAAUAUGGCUACUCCACGUCUAUAGUCUACGACAAAUUCGAUGAGAUUCUAGCAACGCUUUGCGUUUUCAGUUUAGUGUUCUGUCUGAUGCUGUACAUCAAGGGAAUCAACUGGCCAACAACAACAGACUCCGGGUCCUCUGGAAACUUCAUAUUCGACUAUUACUGGGGUACGGAACUCUACCCGAGGAUAUUCGGAUUCGACGUGAAGACUUUCACCAACUGUCGCUUCGGGAUGACUGUCUGGCCGCUCCUGGUAGCAGUUCACGCGAUAAAAAGUUAUGAACUCUACGGAUUUGUGGACAGUAUGUUCGUGUCUGCGCUGCUGCAGUUCCUCUAUAUGACAAAGUUCUUCUGGUGGGAGGCAGGCUACAUGUGGACCAUCGAUAUCAUGCUGGACAGAGCUGGGUACUAUAUCUGCUGGGGUUGUUUGGUGUACGUUCCAGGGCUUUACGCCUCUCCGAGUCUGUACCUGGUCAACCACCCUGUCCAGCUUGGCCUCCCGCUCACCGUCUUCCUUCUCGUUGGCGGCGCCUUAAGCAUCUACGUCAACUACUGGGCAGAUGAACAGAAACAACACGUGAGGAAAUCAAACGGAGACUGCCUCGUUUGGGGAGCCAAGCCGGACAUCAUUCGCGCCUCCUAUGUUUUGGAAAAUGGAGAGAAACGCGAGAGCAUUCUUUUGGCGUCAGGGUUUUGGGGUGUUGCUCGACAUUUCCAUUAUCUGCCCGAGUGGAUGCUUUCAUUCGCCUGGUCUGUCCCUGCACUUUUCAAUAACAUCAUGCCCUAUAUCUAUUUCCUCUGGCUUGUCAUUCUCUUGACUCACCGCAGCUUCAGGGACGACGAGAAAUGUGGAAAGAAAUAUGGGAAAUUCUGGACGGAGUACCGCCAACGAGUGCCUUAUCGAGUCAUACCAGGCAUAUUUUAAACGACUAUGCGAGUAUGAUGGACUUGCAAAAUGACUUUUGAAACGACUUGUACAAUGACAGUAACAGUUUCCAUUGGUCACUUACCUCAAGCACGUGUUCUGGACUUCCAAUCAGGUAUUCACCAAUCAGAGGACAGCCACCUACAAUGCUCAUUCGGACAUUGGGCUCACAAGGCUUCUGAUUGGCUAUACCUUAGCGGAAGUCCCAAAUUCUUGAUUGACGAAAAUGGUACGAACGUACUGUUGUUAGUAUCUUUUGCAGUGUGAUCGAGAAUUCGUAUGUCACCUUGGAGAGUCUUGGAAAGCAUCUACAUAGAUUCACCAAUCAAAGACCGUUUCUGAACAUUCAAUUUAAGCUAGUUAUCAUACUCAGCAAGCCAACAUGCUCAAUUUGGGAACAGCAUAUUGGCAACACGUUGUCCGAUGGUGCAUAUUGUCAUGUUCCGGCUUAGCCACGAUUUCCUAAUAAUUAACCAACCGGUUUUACAUUGGUGAAAGUAGGGUAUAAUUGAUGAGGUCGUAGCAUAGCACAAAAUGACCGCAGAAUGUGCAGGCAGUGAUACGUUUGCGUAUAAAUACGUUCUGAGCUGGAAUAUGUACUAGUGUCACUGUUAUCGUGAAAGUUAUGUAGAGCUGUUACACGGUGCUGUUUUUUUUAAUAUACAUGUACAAAUGUACAGCGUACAUCUGCUGUUCGUCUGUGAAAAUGUGCCGGCUGACCAUUAAUGUAAAAACACGUCAUAAUAUGCAAUACAUGGAAGAGUUUAUUACAUAGGCUGCUCUUAUUAUCAUUAGGCUGUGCAAACAUGCCAAUAUCGUGAUAUUGUCAUUACUUAUGCAAUAUCGUAAUAUAAUUGUCAUACAUGA